AUGUCAGCUUUGUGUCCCGUCUGCAAUCUCACUCUUCCUCUCGCCCAAAUCGAAAGCCAUGUGAAUACUCACUUCGACGACGAUGAAAUCAACCCACAAAUCGCAAGCGAUCACCACUUGGCUCUGCAACUCGCAUCUUCUUCCGAUCCUUCUUCGUCUUCCUCAUCUAACUUGGACGGUUCCUUGGGUUCGCACAACGACGUCGCUUCCUUGGUGCGUUCACAGACCAAGAGCCCGUUUUACAGCGUAGGAAACGGUGGUUUGAUUGGUUUGCUCAAGACUUGCCUGGAAUCAGAACUGAAAUCGAAAAUUAAAUCGAAACCUCUAGAGUGCAGCACGAGCUUGCUAUCAGGCUUUGUUGAUCAUUUUCACUCCUCAAAGGAGGAUAAAGGCUGGGGCUGCGGAUGGAGGAACAUUCAAAUGCAGUGCUCUCACUUGCUUUCUCAUAGAGAAGAAGCUAAAAGAGUUCUCUUUUGUGGCUCUAACUUUGUUCCUGACAUUCCUUCGCUCCAGCGCUGGCUAGAGUUAGCUUGGAACAGUGGUUUUGAUGUCUCUGGAGCUCUGCAUUUCAAUAACCAAAUCUACGGUUCCAAGAGAUGGAUCGGAACCACCGAGUGUGCUGCUCUGUUACGUUCUUUCGGGUUAAGAGCCAGAGUCGUUGAUUUUGCUCCAAAGAAAUCUUUACCAAUGUAUCUUUCAGUUCCUGGUUCUGCUGUUGCUCCCAAGACAAAGUCGUAUGGUCCCAUGGACAGAUAUGUGAUUAGAAAGUGCGAUAGCGGGAAGGAGAAAACAGUUGACUCUCAUGGUUCUGAUCUUUCUAAGAUCAGCAAAGGAGCGGUUUUGAUGGAUUGGGUUUGGAACUACUUCUCAGAUAACAGGUUAAAUGUUUCAUCUGGUGUUCAUAUGACGGGCAAAGCGCCCUUGUAUUUUCAACAUGAAGGGCACUCAAGAACAAUCGUUGGGAUUCAGAGACGCUUGCAAGGAACUACAUUUACACCUCAGUACAAUCUCCUGAUCUUGGACCCGGGUGAUUUUACAAAAGGUAUAGAGAAAGCGCUUGUAGAGAAGAGAGGGUGGGAGGGAUAUCUUAAAAGAGGAGCACACACACUGACGUGUCCCGAGUAUCAGAUGUUGUACGUUGAUAAUGGGAUUGCUGAUGGAGAAGAGUUGGAGCAGCUCAAGACCAUUGAUAGUCACUUUGUUCAAUUCUAA